AUGAAUAUUAAGGGAACAUUAAGUGAACUUUGCAAGUCUAUUCGCAAAUUUGGGCUAGAUCACUGCGAUUUGGAAGAGAUGAUAUCCAAUGUAAAUGUUUUGAUGAGGUUUAAUGCUGUUAACAUUGAUAAAAGAAACACAAAGCCAAUACCGAUCUUCACCUACUGCUUGAUUAUUUUCGGGUUCUUGUGCUACUACUACAUUUACUUCUUCUCCAUGAUCUGGUGCACCUUCGUGCUGUAUCCUCGGACUGGAUAUUUCAUUGGAUCUAUCAUCGUGUUUUCUAUAGGAUCCUACAGCGAAUCUUGUGCUAUUCGUUUCCUUUUCAUUGUCAUUAACAGAAAACUGAUAAGGGAUGUCGUAGAAGUAUAUCGCCUAUGCAAUGAUCAAGUUCCACCGGACAGUCGAUUUUCCAGAAAUAUUCUGAAACAUUUGCGAAUAGUCAAGAAACGCGCCACUAUUAUUUGGUUAGGAUUGAUCAUAAAUGCCUAUAUUUACCUGAUUCUACCAUUUUUUCGGCCAGGAAAGCAAUUUGCGGAAAAUAGACUUAUUAUUUAUGGACUAGAUCCUAUGACUGUGUCCCCAAAUUACGAAAUAGCACAGACAAUGACUUGCAUGGCUAUCCCCACGCUAUCACAUAGCCUCGCUAACUGUAUGGUCUUAGUAAUCAUUUUAUAUGGUUACACAGAAGCCCAACUUUUAUCUCUCAGUGAAGAACUACUUUGUAUGUGGGACGACGCAGAAAUGAGCUACAAUGAAACACCUCAUGAAGAAAACGUGACAAAAGCACAAUUUACGAACACCUUUGUGCAACAGAGAUUAAGGUUCAUUAUCAAACUGCACGUGGACAAUAUGACUAUGCUAAAAAGACUCGAAAAUGUCCUUCGCGUUAGCAUGGCGCUGGAGUUCCUUGUUCUCAUGGCUGGGUUGAUAGCCGAACUUCUUGGAGGUAUCGAAAACACAUUUCUGCAGAUACCGUUUACAUUCGCGCAAAUCUUUAUGAACUGUUAUUUGGGACAGAAGAUAAUCAAUUCGAGCAAUAGUUUCGAAACCGCUGUAUACAAUUGCAAAUGGGAGAAUUUCAAUAAAUCGAAUAUGAAAACCGUUCUCAUCAUGCUGCAGAACUCGCAAAAAACCUUGCAGCUUUCCGCAGGUGGAGUUGCUAUAUUGGGAUUCGAGUGUUUGAUGACCGUGGUAAAAUCAUGCUACUCGUUUUACACAACGUUGCAAUCCACGCUUAAAUAA